UCAGGGGUUUGGUCCCUUUAACAUCCAACUCAUGUGGCGUUUUCUGCUUCCAUCCAGCGUGGUAACUUUCGGGACUCUGCAAACAAGCGCCCAUACAAAUGAUUUUUCCCAAUGACAGCUUAUUUAUGCAAUACUAACAUACUUAUCAAACAUUUACGUUAGCGCAAUCUUUUCUUAAUCUUAUCCAAAUACUGCCAGUUGCUCUCAUCUGAUUUGGUCCGCUGGCCGGUGUCGUUUAUUUUGUAAUUUUGAGCGAAAAAAGGCUUAACGUUAAACGGUGGAAAUCAUGUCAGAGGAGCUCGAACGCGUCCUGGCGAGGCUGACAGAACCGGACAACGCUGUCAUUCAGCAGGCCACAGCUGAACUAAAACAGGCUUUUAAAGACCCAGCUAUUAUUCCUGCUUUAUGUGCAGUUAUGACUGGAUCCCAGAACCCACAGGUCCGUCAGUCGGCUGCAGUGAUGCUCAGAAUGAGAGUUAGAAAACACUGGAAGAAAAUCAGCGCAGACCAUAGAGAAAGUCUGAAGGCAGUGGUGCUGCAGGCUUUUCAGCAAGAAACCGAGCACACAGUUCGUCAUUCUCUCUCUCAGCUGAGUGCUGUACUGGUGAAGCAUGAGACCCCGGACCGCUGGCCUGCUCUUCUUGAGUUAUUAAACCAGUCUACUAAAAGCAAUAAUCCACAGGAUAGACAGGUGGGUCUGUUAUUGCUCAGCAAAGUGGUGGGAUCAAACCCAGAGCCCUUUAAGCCCCACUACAAGCAACUUCUUCAGCUUUUUGGAACCGUUCUCCAAGACCUGAACAAUCCCACAGCUCUCUAUUACUGCAUUCUCACACUUACUGCCAUCACAGCCUUCACCGGCACAGAGGAGAUGAACUUGAUGCGAUCUCUGAUCCCCAAACUGCUCAUUGCUCUGAAACACCUCAUUCAGGCAGACCAGGACCAGGCUAGCGAGGCGAUGGAAGUUUUUGAUGAGCUGAUGGAAAGUGAGGUCUCCAUUGUUGUCCCACACAUUGCUGAGAUUGUCCGGUUUUGCUUGGAGAUCAGUGCAGAUGUAUCACUAAGUGAUUCUUUGCGUGUGAAGGCUCUGUCAUGUAUCGCUGUUCUCAUCAGACUUAAAAACAAGGCUGUGUUAAAGCAUAAACUGCUACAGCCGAUCCUGCAAGUAGUAUUUCCAAUCUUGAGUGCAGCGCCCCCUCCUGGCGAAGAAGACCCAGAGGAUGAGGAAAACGACACAGGGGAAGACAGUGAGAAUCCCAAACACUUUGCUGUGCAGGUCAUUGACACUAUGGCUCUUCAUAUGCCACCUGAAAAACUCUUCAACCAGCUGUUGCCUUUCACUCAGGCUUGCUUGUCAAGUGAGAAUCCUUAUGAGCGUAAAGGUGGUCUCAUGUGCAUGGCUGUGCUCGCAGAGGGCUGUGCAGAUCACAUACGCACCAAGAUGUUGUCAUCCAUGCUUCAGACAGUGUGUCGCAGUCUGUCAGACAAUAACCAGGUGGUCCGCAGCGCAGCACUCUUUGCCCUUGGCCAAUUUUCCGAACACUUGCAGCCAGACGUUAGUAAAUUCCACGCUGAGCUGAUGCCAUUAUUACAAGGAUACUUGUCUGCAGUGAAUCAGACCAAAAUUGGACACAUGACGAAGGCCUUCUAUGCCUUAGAGAACUUCUUGGAGAACUUGGGACAAGAAAUCGAGCCCUAUCUGCCCUCUCUUAUGGAAACAAUGUUGUCAGCCCUUAACAGUGCAGAAAUCCUUAAACUGAAAGAGCUUGCUGUCAGUGCAAUAGGAGCAAUAGCUAAUGCUGCCACGGAGAUGCUAGUGCCUUACUUUCCUCCAAUUAUUGAGAGUCUGAAGGGAUUCCUGACAGACACGAGAGAGGAGAUGAGAGCUCUGCAGACACAGGCGCUGGACACACUCUCUGUGUUGGCUCGCACUGUUGGGAAGGAUGUGUUCAGUCCGUUGGCAGCGGAGUGUGUACAGUUGGGUUUGAAUCUCACUGAUGCAGUGGAUGAUCCAGACCUGCGCCGAUGCACAUACAGCCUAUUCUCUGCUGUGUCUGAAGUGAGUCCAGACUGUCUCACUCCUCACCUCACAUCCAUCACCACAGUGAUGCUGCUGUCACUCAGAUCCACAGAGGGAGUGACGGCUCAUUUAGAUGAAGACAAACAGUUUGUGCUCUUGGACGAUGAUGAUGCUGAUGAUGGAGAAGAGGGCGACGCUAUUUUAGAUGAAGAGGGCGAGAAUGAGGUUGAUGACCGUGAUGUUGCAGGAUUCAGUGUGGAAAAUGCGUACAUAGAUGAGAAGGAAGAUGCUUGUGAUGCCUUGGGUGAAAUUGCCUUCAAUACUGGAGUGGCGUUCCAGCCAUUCCUGGAGUCCAGUUUCCAGCAGGUGUAUGAUCUCCGUGAUUUCCCACAUGAGGACGUGAGGAAAGCUGCCUUUGGUGCCAUGGGUCAGUUCUGUCGAGCUCAGCACAAAGUGUGGAAGGAAAACCCAACAGAGGCCAACCAUCAGGUUCUGAAUAAGCUGUUGGAGGUGGUUUUGCCUUGUUUUCUUGAGGCUGUGAAGCAGGACAGAGAGAGACAGGUGGUGAUGGCUAUUCUGGAAUCUAUGAAUGGUGUAAUCAAAUCCUGCCAGGGGGAGGCGCUGCAGGCUCCAGGGAGACUGGCCGAAAUAAGUAACGUCAUCAAAGAUGUUCUGAAGAAAAAGACCGUGUGCCAGGAUGUAGGUGGUGAUGAAGCAGAUGAUGAUGAGCAGCAGGCCGAGUUUGAUGCCAUGCUGCAGGAGUUUGCUGGUGAAGGGAUUCCUGCUUUAGCCUCUGCUGUACCAGCUGAGACCUUCUACCCUCACCUCAAUGACCUGCUGCCCCUCAUCAUGAGCAAAACUAAAUCCUCUUGCACUGAAGCGGAUCGCUCCUUCUCUAUUGGUACUAUUGGAGAAACCCUGCACUCUUUGGUGAGUGUGGCAGGAGGGCGAGCUGUGGCUGGUCGACUGUCCAAUCGGCUUCUGCCAGUGCUUGUGGCUGGAGUGAAGGACAGUGAUGCGGAGGUGCGCAAUAACAGUGUGUUCGCACUAGGAGCUCUCGCAGAGGCCGCAGGACCAAUCAUUGCCUCUGAUUAUCCCAUGAUGCUCUCCCUCUUCUCCAACCUGCUUUCUAAAGAGACUGACCUGAGAGUGAUUGACAACCUGUGUGCUGCGCUGUGCAGGAUGAUCAUGAGUCACAUAGAGGGUGUCCCACUCGAGCAGGUUUUUCCUGCUCUGGUGGCUCGUCUCCCUCUGAAAGAAGACAUGGAGGAAAACAAGACCAUUUACAAAUGCCUGACCUUCCUCUACUCACACAACCCUAUUCUGGUUGUUAGUCAGCUCAAGCCAAUAAUAUGUGCUGCAGCUCAUCUGCUGGGCAUGAAGGAUGUCGAUACCGAAACCCAAAACACCCUGCUGAUUCUGCUCAGAGGUUUAGCCCAGCAACACUCUCAGGAAUUUCAAAGUGCGGUAAUGUCACUUCCUGAUGAGCAGAGAAACAAAAUGACCAUGGCUGUCACUCAGUCCUAGCACUCGCAUAUCCAGCUUUCUUCCCUUCCAGAAGGCCUUGCGCUCUUGUGAAAGCCAGCCAAAUUGAUAUUUUUAUAUUGUUAGAAAUAGGCUGAUUUGCUUAGCUGAACGUCAGCAUUCUGUUCUGCAGCAGAGAACUGAGAUGUUUUCUCUUAAUUUAUUGCAAACGUUCACUUAAGCUCUGUCACUUUUAUUUUCUUUUACUCUGUCUUUUUUCAUUUGUUAUUUUUCUGGACGUCUCAAUGCAUCUUCUGCUUUCCCAUCUAUAUUGCAUAUUCCAUGAAAUCCUGGCUUAAUAUUUGAGUGUGAAGCUUUGAAUUGCUUUUGCGGUGAAAGAAAUACAUUUCUAUGAAUUGUUGACUGUC